AUGGAGUUCACCGCAAUCAGGGCCUCCACCGCGGCCGCUGCCGGCUGCUCUUCGCCGCCGCCUGCGGCGGAUCAUAAGGCCGAGGAGGAGGCGGCGGGGGCGGUGGAGAAGGAGCACAUGUUCGACAAGGUCGUGACCCCGAGCGACGUGGGCAAGCUGAACCGGCUGGUGAUCCCGAAGCAGCACGCGGAGAAGUACUUCCCGCUCGACACCUCCUCCACCGACAAGGGCCUCCUGCUCAGCUUCGAGGACCGCGCCGGCAAGCCGUGGCGCUUCCGCUACUCCUACUGGAACAGCAGCCAGAGCUACGUCAUGACCAAGGGCUGGAGCCGCUUCGUCAAGGAGAAGCGCCUCGACGCCGGGGACACCGUCUCCUUCGGCCGCGGCGUCGGGGAGGCCGCCAGGGGCAGGCUCUUCAUCGACUGGCGCCGCCGCCCCGACGUCGUCCUCCCACCCGGGCACCACCGGGGCUUUGCUCUCCCCUCUGUGCCCUUCUCGCCGUGGAUGGCGCACCCGGCCGGACCCGGCGGCGCUGGCGGCAGGAUGUUCCUCCAGGCGACUUCCCCGGCGACCCUCUACGACUACGACGCCUACCAACACCACCACCAGCGGCGACACAUCGGGUACGACGGGUACGGGGCGGCGCCCGGCAGGCAGGUGGUGUACUACCAGCCGCAGCAGCAAUACCACCACCAGCACCCGUCGCUGGUCCUGGAGUCGGUGCCGGUGCGCAUGAGCAUGGCGGCAGCGCCAGCGCACCCGGAGCCGUCCGCCGUGGCGACGUCGGGGUCGAAGCGGGUGCGGCUCUUCGGGGUGAACCUCGAGUGCGCGGCGGACGCCGAGGAGGACUUCAGCGGGCCCGGGAGAACGGCGACAACGGCGCUGCAGCUGCUGUCACCGGCCUCCUCCUCAUCGUCGUCGUCCGGGAAAGCGAGGUGCUCUUUGAAUCUUGACUUGUGA